AACAAUAAACUUUUUUGUUAUUAUGACAUGUAUUUUAUAUCUAGACGUAAAAUCUGACAGAUUACUACGGAGCCCCUAAAGGGACAUGGGGAAUUGCGCAGUAAUUUUCUCCUCUCAACACGACUGAGGUUUCCUGGAAUGUGAUUGGUUGUCAGGAGACUUGGUUUCUAAUCAAACUGAGCUCACGCGGGAGGAGGUGUAAGUUAACCUUUUAUCGACGCUAAACCGGGAAAUUUGAGGAAACCACGUCUUCAUAAAUUGAAACAGUUUCUUUUUGAUGUUUAUAUCAAGAAAGUCACGAAGAGGACGAAAUAUGACGUAUUUUGAGUUGCUGGUUGUUAUUGCUUCAUUUUCAUCCAACGUCGUCUCCCGCUGGGAUGGGAAGUGCUGCUCCAGGCAGGAACAAGGUAACUUAUUAGAGUUUCCCCGCCUAAGGACCCUGUCACCCUCAACCUGUGAUGACACCCGCAGAUGGCUGACGACCACAGCAGCUUCUUCUGCAGCAGCAUCCGGGGAAUGCCAGUUGCCGGUGGAACAUUGCGUGCCGCAACAAGAAGCAGAGAUGCGAUUGACAGAAGACUGCAGAUUGCCUGCACGUUGACGGAAAUAAAAAGACAACCAACACGAAGAGCUGAACACGACCUAUUGAAAAAUAAGACAUUAUGAUUGGUGGAUUUCCCCUGUCAUGCAAACAUGAAAGCGGUCCAACAUGGCUGUUUUUCUUUCUGUUCCAUUUCUGUCUUAUUGCUCAUGAGCCACACACGACCCACUGCGUUUUAAAUCUUCUGGUGAAAAGCUGAAUUAGACACCAAAACGCCUUUCCAGUAGCUCACGUGCACGACUGAAAACAUGGAGGUAUAAGCCCCCACUGACAGAAGAAACCCCCCCGCAUAAAAAGUGUGCGCUCAAAAUGGAUAGCGCAGCCUCCCCUCCUUUGUGCGUAAACGAUGCGGGGCCAGGACAGGAACACUUUGCUACCUUUAUCUGAGAAAACCCGGCCGGUGAAUGCUCAGUAGGGGAGGAGAGAAGGAUAAAACCUGAAGAAGAAGAAAAAAACGCCAGCAUCAAGUGAGGGUCGCUUUCCAAAGCAGCGGUCUGCCGAGGAGGAGCGCAGCGUCGCCACCUGGUUAAAUUCUGAGGCCGAGGAAGAGGAGAGGGAAAAGAUGGACAUCACCGACCAAGGAGCCCAAAUGGAGCCGCUCUUACCCACGGAACAAAGUUCUCAAGAAAGUAAAGAUGUGAGGACUGAUGAGGAGGCGGUGUUGGACCGCGGGGGAACACGUUCUAUGCUCAACACCAAUUUUGAGAAGGAAGAACUUGAAGGUCACCGCACUCUCUACAUUGGAGUCCAUGUCCCCUUGGGUCGGAGGUCACACCGUCGACACCGUCACCAUGGACACAGACACAGGAAGAGGUCCAAGGAGAGGGACUCCACAGGGGAAGACGGUCGGGAAUCCCCCUCAUAUAACACCCCAGCUCAGAGGGUGCAGUUCCUUCUGGGCACAGAGGAUGGCGACGAAGAGCACAUCCCACACGCCCUGUUCACUGAGAUGGACGAAAUCUGCCUCAGGGAGGGAGAGGACGCCGAAUGGAAAGAGACGGCUAGGUGGCUGAAAUUUGAAGAGGAUGUUGAAGACGGCGGCGAACGGUGGAGUAAGCCCUACGUGGCCACCCUGUCUCUGCACAGCCUGUUUGAGCUGCGGAGCUGCAUCAUGAAUGGCAUCGUGAUGCUGGACAUGAGGGCCAACUCACUGGAGGAGAUUGCAGAUAUGGUUUUGGAUCAGCAUGAGGGGUCCGGCUCUCUGGGUCCGGAUGCCCGGAAGAGGAUCCGCGAGGCUCUGCUCAAGCAGCACCAUCACCAAAAUCACAAGAAGCUGGCCAACCGCAUCCCCAUCGUACGCUCCUUCGCUGACAUUGGAAAGAAGCAGUCCGAGCCUCAUUCCAUGGACAAGAACGGCCAAACGGUCUCACCGCAGUCCCAGCCGUCCAACAACGAGGCCAAACAGGACGUCAGCCGAGAAAACAGCGCUGUGGACUUCAGUAAGAUUGACCUCCAUUUUAUGAAGAAGAUCCCUCCUGGAGCGGAGGCGUCCAAUGUGCUGGUUGGGGAGCUGGAGUUCCUGGACCGCCCUGUGGUGGCCUUUGUCCGCUUGUCUCCUGCUGUGCUGCUCAACGGCCUUACCGAAGUUCCCAUCACCACCAGGUUCUUGUUCAUCCUCCUGGGGCCUCUGGGUAAAGGUCCUCAGUAUCACGAAAUUGGGCGAUCUAUUGCUACCCUGAUGACUGAUGAGAUUUUCCAUGAUGUCGCCUAUAAGGCCAAAGACAGGAGUGACCUGGUGGCAGGCAUCGACGAGUUUUUGGAUCAAGUGACUGUGUUGCCCCCCGGCGAGUGGGACCCCUCCAUCAGAAUAGAGCCGCCGAAGAAUGUUCCCUCUCAGGAAAAGCGAAAGAUCCCCCCAGUUCCCAACGGAGUGACGGAUCUUGGAGAGUCUGAGGAGCACGGAGGACAUGGUGGCCCUGAGCUCCAGCGCACGGGGAGGAUAUUUGGUGGGAUGAUCUUGGACAUCAAGCGAAAAGCCCCUCACUACCUUUCAGACUACACAGACGCCAUCAGCCUCCAGUGUCUGGCCUCCUUCCUCUUCCUGUACUGCGCCUGCAUGUCACCUGUUAUCACCUUCGGAGGACUCCUGGGCGAGGCCACAGAGGGCCGCGUGAGUGCCAUCGAGUCUCUGUUUGGGGCGUCAAUGACUGGGAUAGCCUACUCUCUGUUUGCCGGUCAGCCCCUCACCAUCCUGGGCAGCACUGGGCCGGUUCUUGUCUUUGAGAAGAUCCUUUUCAAGUUUUGCAAGGAAUAUGGCCUCUCCUACCUCUCCCUGAGGACCUGCAUUGGGCUGUGGACGGCCUUCUUCUGCCUGCUGCUGGUGGCCACAGAUGCCAGCUCGCUUGUCUGUUACAUCACCCGCUUCACCGAAGAGGCUUUCGCCGCACUAAUCUGCAUCAUCUUCAUCUACGAGGCCCUGGAGAAGCUGCUUCACCUAGGGGUGCACUAUCCGGUCAACAAACACAACGACCUGCAGAAGCUCACCCAGUACUGGUGUAGCUGUGUUGAGCCAAGGGACCCGAGUAAUGAGACCCUGCGACUUUGGGAUGAGAGGAACAUCACAGUGUCCCAGGUCAACUGGACCUCACUGGAGGUCAAGGAGUGUGAGAUGUUACAUGGGGAGUUUCAGGGGCCCGCCUGUGGCCACCAUGGCCCGUACAUCCCAGACGUCCUCUUCUGGUGCGUGGUGCUCUUCUUCACCACAGUCUUCAUGUCGGCCUUCCUGAAGGAAUUCAAGUUCAGCCGCUACUUCCCCACCAAGGUGAGGGCUGUCAUCAGCGACUUUGCAGUCUUUAUCACUAUCCUCACUAUGGUCCUUGUUGAUUAUGCCAUAGGAAUCCCAUCGCCUAAAUUACAAGUCCCCAGCAAGUUCAAACCAACUAGAGACGAUCGGGGCUGGGUUAUAAACCCGGUUGGACCCAACCCGUGGUGGACCACCAUUGUCUCCUUUAUACCCGCUGUGCUCUGCACCAUCCUCAUCUUCAUGGACCAGCAGAUCACAGCGGUUAUUAUCAACAGGAAGGAGCACAAGCUGAAGAAAGGCUGCGGCUACCACCUGGACCUGUUCGUGGUGGGGGUGAUGCUGGGCGUGUGCUCGGUGAUGGGCCUGCCGUGGUUCGUGGCGGCCACCGUGCUCUCCAUCUCCCACGUGAACAGCCUGAAGCUGGAGUCGGAGUGCUCGGCUCCUGGAGAGCAGCCCAAGUUCCUGGGCAUCCGCGAGCAGCGCUUCACCGGCCUCAUGAUCUUCACCCUCAUGGGCUGCUCCGUCUUCAUGACCUCCGUGCUGAAAUUCAUCCCUAUGCCGGUCCUCUACGGCGUCUUUCUGUACAUGGGAGCAUCUUCCCUCAGAGGCAUUCAGUUCUUCGAUCGGUUGAAGUUGUUCGGCAUGCCAGCCAAACAUCAGCCUGACUUCAUCUACCUUCGACAUGUGCCGCUGAGGAAGGUCCACCUCUUCACCAUCAUCCAGCUCAGCUGCUUAGUCCUGCUGUGGGUCAUCAAGACCUCCAGGGCGGCCAUCGUUUUCCCCAUGAUGGUCUUGGCGCUGGUAUUUAUUCGUAAGUUGCUGGAUUUCAUCUUCACCAAGAGAGAACUGAGCUGGCUGGAUGAUCUGAUGCCGGAGUGGAAGAAGAAGAAGCUGGAGGAUGCAGCAGAAGAGGAGGAACACAGUAUUAUCGCAGAGGAGGAAGGGAUUGUGCAAGUCCCACUCGAGGGGCACUACAGGAGUGACCCAGCCACGGUGAACAUCACCGACGAAAUGUCUAAGGGUUCUUUCGGGAACGUGUGGAAGGGUGUCAGUCCUGCUGAGAGCACGAAAAAGGAACUGGGAUCGAAAAGCUCCCCUUCCUAACCUCUCAGAAGCCGAUACCCCAAAGUUACCCCAGAAGCAGUGAAAAGCGACACAAGCGGAGGAGGCAUGACAAGAGCUUGGACAGGGAGACGAGUUUGUGAUGACAUGCUGGUGACGCCACUGUGCUGUCGAUCAGUAAAUACAAAUAAAAGAAAGAAAAAAGACGAAACAAAGCAAAUAUACCGUGCCACACUCAACCACCUAUGUACUGUGCUACACUGUGUUUUUAGUCAUGUAAGUCUGUGUGCAAGUUCAGAAGAAAGAAGUAUUUGUUGGAAACCAUAAGCAACAUAAGAAAACUCACCGAGUUAGCCACCAAGUUAGGCAAACAGAAGGAAAAAACAACUCUGGACUUAAUUUCAUCCGCAUUCAGACCAGCAAUAGGUACGGGAAUGAUCAAUCAGGGAACAGCUAGCAUGUUGCAGAGAGUGUAUAUGUGGCAUUACUAGUAGAAUGACAGUAUCUGUUGAAGCUAAGCUGUCAAGCACUUUAACAUUCUAUCAGCUGUGGAAGGAGGCUUUGGUAACUGUAAGACAUUGCUCCACUAUUGCUUGCUCUUCUUAUUCCCCUCAGUAGCUGCCUUUUCAUCACAAGUUUGUGCAAACCUUUCCGCUAAACGUCGAAAAACCCAAUUUUGCUAUUGCGGCGUUUCCAUUAAAUAAUAAAAGCAAUUGAAAUCGCACAGGAAUAAGUUCGCUCAUUACAAAACAUGCUGCGCCGUCAUCCUCCUACCACUUCCUGUUGUUUUCUUCAUCUAAUAGCAUCUGGUUGUUGAUCACAUGACUCAUGUGAUGCUCCUGCAGUUUUACCACCUCAUCCUGAUGCAAAACUUUAUUGAAAAACGUGGUUUCUUUUUUAAGUCACGUUUUUUUGGCAAAUUAUUUUUCCUAAUUCCAAUUAGCGCAACUAUAUGGUCAAUGGAAACGCAGCUACUGUUUCAAAUACAUUUAUUGCUACUUUGGCUUUGAAUGACACCCAGAAGAAAUCUUUUGUAUUUGAUUGGUAAUUGCAAACAACCUGGAUACUUUUGGGAAUGACAUCAAAUCAAAAUAUAACAAUUGCUUGAAAAUCAGUAGGAUUUGCUACGUUAGUUGUCAAAUGAUCCAAAUAAAUAGAGAAAUAGGAACUAAUCACAGUGUAUUUUUCUGCAUUUUGUACUUUCAAGCUCUAAAUGAGGCUGUACAGCACUGUUAGUGUGAAAGAUUUUGUCACAAAUGCAAAAAAACCUACUUUUUCUACCACAACUUUCACCAAGUUUUAUACGCAACCUUCUGAUACAGUUUUCCAGAUAAAACGUUUCAAAACUAUAGUACGUCAUGGAACUGCAACCAGUGGUUACGGAUGUUUUUUUUUUUUUUACAAAGUCCUUUUGUGAUAAUCUGUUAAAAUUGCUGACGUGGUUCUAGCUAUGAAACAUUUAAAACCUCUGUUCUGCCAAUCGAAUCCUUCCUACUCCACAUGCGGAUCAAAUUACAUCCAAAUCGGACCUUUCCCGUCUUGGUGCCUAACUCGGUGCGGACCAUUAAGUGUAACGGUGAUACAGUACCAGCAACAGAGUGAAGCCAGAAUUAUGACUCCAACAGUAUCUUGGUCUAUAGGCCAAUUCCUGACAGAUUUUAAAUGAUUUUUAACAUUUACUUUCUUCGUAUUUUGUAUGGGUUUUUUUAAUAUUUUUUCCAAAAAAAACAAAACAACUGCAAGUUGUCUCUUUAAAACACCUGCCACAGCGAGUGCAAAUGGAUUUCAUGUGAAGCAAUGAAUGCUGCAGCAGAAUUUCGCACCUUAGAAUAGUGACUGGUUAGAUGUCUGCCAGGUCUACUUCAACUCACACGAACCUAAGAGCGCUGGCUAUGUAACUUUCUGAAAGUAAACAUUUUCUAUAUGCUAUAAUGUAAAUCUAAAUGUCUAUGUGUCAGUGGCUGUGUUCACCUUUGAUGUUGCACAUAUAAAUGUUUCUCCUCCAGUCAAGCGUUUCCUCGGUUUACCUCCUGAGAAAUUUCCAUUUUAGCCUUCUUACUAAGAAUGAACUGAGAAGAUUGAUUCCUCUGAUUGGUCAAUUCCCCCUUCACCAAUUCAUACCUACAUGUUACUUCAAACACAUUUUGUAGCCAAGUAUUUAUUUAUUUUGUCAAAUUAUAGAAAUUAACAAUUCAAUAAAUGCUCAAUCUUAUGUACGACUUAAUUUAGUAAUUUAAAAAUCUUUUUUAUGGUAUCCUAUUCUUGAUUCUUUCUUUAGAUGACUUUUAUGAUCCUAAAAACCUGAUAACUCAAAAUAACGUUGUGCUGAUAGACUUAAAAUUAUUUUUUUUCUCAUAUGUAACAGACUGUAAAUCACAGAUAUUGUCUUUAAAUUGUCAAAGUUGAUGUAAUCUUCCUAAUGAUGGCUCAGUUUAAGAGUAGCUAAUAUGUCCAAAAGGUAUGAAUUGACGAAGGGGGAAAAAAAUGAAAUUUAAAAAAACCUCCCCUCAUGUCAUUGCAAAAACCUGAAGCUAAAGCUAAACUUACUGGGAGGUUGACUUGAUUGACAAAGACUGAAAAUGUGGAAACUGUUUAUCUGGUCUGACUCGAGUGUAACACCUAAUGCUGAUAUGUACUUUAUAUCGUUUCUGAUUUAUUCCACAGAUUUUAUAUUUCAACAAAACAAGCAUCCAAAUCAGUCUUUGCUAGCACUAGCAUUUCGUUUACUGACGAAAUGUAAGAACCAUAUCAGUCUUUCAGAUUACUCUUCAAAAUCAAGAAAGUCAAAUCUCUUGUUUCCCUGCUGCGGCUGGCGCAAAACAUUUCCAUUUCAUAUCGGAAAAUGUUUGGUAAGAAAUGUUCAAAACUACAACACGGCAGAAUUAACAUAAAGCUAAAGCUAGUGGCAGGUUGGCUAGGAAGGCUAGGCUAAUCACAAAGAUUGUAAAUGAUCCAGAUGAAGCGAAGAAGCACUUUAUACCUUGUUUCACUCCAGAAACGUCAUACAAUGUACUUUGUGCAAAACUGGUAUUAAAUUGGUCCUUGCAAGUAUUAGCACACAUUUAUUCAAGAAAUACAAGAGUCUGUGUGAAUGGUCUCAUGGAAAACUGUUCCUUUUCGUACCCCCCAAAAAAACAGGUACGAAAUGUUCAAAACUAUUGGGGACGAAAUGGUGAGCAAGUGCUGGUAACUGUCUCAUGUCAUUAAACACAAAGCUAAAGUUAUACGUUUUGCUUGCUUAAACUCAAAAAUUGUUAAUAGUGAAACCCUUUUGUCUUUUCUCGAAAGUAGUUGCGGUGCUACAAAAAAGUAUUUGACCAUUACAGAUGUAGUCUCAGUUUUUUGUCAAUCUUUAAUGUAGAAUUUUAAUAGGAAUUACAUUUAAUAAGCGAAAAAGUUAUCCAAACAAACCCUGGCCUUGAAAAAGUCAUUUUUCUUCCCUUCUGAAAUCAUACAAUAACUCUGAUUCUGUUUUUCUGGAAAUUCGAGUUCAGUUUCUCAAGCCACACCCAUCAGGUUAGAUGAUGCUAAGUGUGACAAAAAGUAAAAAUAGAAGAGAUGUGAAAGUGGAAAACUACUUUUUCAUAGCACUGUAAAAUGCCUAAAGCUGACAAGCACUUUACGUCUUCUUUGUUUCAUUUCCGAAAGCUUGUACAAUGUAAUUUGUAAAAAAGAAAAAAAAAAAGAAGAAAA